UCUCAAAUAAAAGCAAACAAAUUGACAGCCAGACGACAAACGAGCUGCAAAACUUUGAUUGACGUUUCAAUUAAAUUAUAGCCAAAGUCAUUGCUAUUUCAUUUUCUGCGGCUGACGGGUAUGUUUCGAGUGCAGAAAGUUUUGUUAGCCGAGUACCAGGAGAUUUACGAGCCGGUUCUGGUGGAGAAUCCCUUUACCAUGGUGGACAGUCGGGGCGUGGGACUGCGUCAAUACCACAUUGGUCUCACCUGCAAUCGGCUGCUUUUCGGCUGCGACAUUUUCCGCAAGUGCGGAGAUAAAGCGGACUUUCUGAGCUAUGGUGUGGAUCCUGAGAUCGAAUGCUUCGAUUUGGUUAGCAUGUUUCCACUGCAGUUUCUGCGCUUCCAUUUCUACCGCAAGAACAAGCGGAGCCUUAUGAUGCUAAGUGUGAUCCAACCGGUGGACAGAUGCCCUAUCCCGACAGCCAAUCCAAUGAUCUUCGAGUUCGGUGGCGGUGGCUACACGAAGCACUUCUGGUACACCUGGCGUGAACGGGUUUCUGCCAUCCGGUUUUCGCAGCCGCGUUACGGUCAGAUUACAGGCGCCUCUCCUUUCUCCAGUACGGACAUCCAGUUGGAUGAUGAGCCCACAGUGGCCCAGGUCCAUCCGCCGCCCAGGACUCCGUCGGUGUUCAGUAAAUGCCACGCUGGUGUCUGAGAAGUUGGGGAAAGUCUAAGUAGCUUUUGCGUUGAAACUUUUAAUAAUUCGUCCACAACUUUCAUUUCGGCCAACCGACUGUUUAUUUAUUUAUAUUAAAAGGAAAUCACUCUGGCCACCUUGAAAAGGGAUAUUUUUAGACAGAACACUUGAAUC